AGAGUGCUGCUGUACAAAGAACCUUAGCUGAUGUCAGCGCAGGAUUAUUAGCCGGCCAGGCUCCCGAAAUUACUCCGGACGGCUCUGGCGGUACUUACAUGUUUCGCGACGUGACGGGCAAAUCGCGUAUUGCGGUUUUUAAGCCGAUGGAUGAGGAGCCGUUGGCUUGGAAUUGCCCUCGAGGGAUGCCGCCGAGCUUAACGGGCGAAGGACUGAAGCGUGGAACUCGUGUUGGCGAAGGCGCGUUCCGCGAAGUCGCAGCGUAUCUUUUGGACCACCCACUUCGCGAAGGCGACGCAGAUGGUUUCGCAGGAGUGCCUCGAACCUCGUUGGUUACUUGCGAUGUAAAAUAUUUCGCGUCUUCAUUGGGUUCUCCAGUUUCAAUCUUCGGCUGCCUGUCUUCUGCUGAGCUCGGAAUAAGGAAGAUUGGAUCGUUGCAGCAGUUUGUUCCCGCUGUAAGCAAUUGCGAGGAUAUGGGCCCAGCUCGGUUCGCUGCUUCCGAGGUUCACAAAAUCGCGAUUCUGGAUAUGCGGCUGGCGAACGCGGAUAGGAACUGCGCCAACAUCCUGGUGAAAAGCGACGGCGCAGAUUUGAAGCUGAUUCCGAUCGAUCACGGAUACUGCCUUCCGGAAACGUUGGAAGACUGUACAUUUGAAUGGUUGUACUGGCCACAAGCGAAGCAGCCUCUAAGCGAGGAAGUCAGGGAUUAUAUCGCGAGACUUGACGCCGAAGCUGAUCUGUCGCUGCUGCAGGCGAAUGGCUGGGCCGUGAAAGACGCGUGCGCGCGCGUGUUUCGCGCGGCGACGCUUCUGCUCAAGAAAGGGUCGGCCGCAAAUCGAACGGUUUUCGAGAUUGGCUCAUUGAUGGUUCGCGACGAUCCCGAGGUUCCAUCCGCGUUAGAAGACAUGCUGGCACGCGCGGAAGAGAAGGCGCUGAGUGGCGCAGCAGGAGGUGAUCUUAUGAAAUGUCUGGGUGAAAUUAUUGACCUCUACUGGGAAUCUAGGGCCAAAUAG